AUGUUGUUAUUGGCCAGGCGGUGGUGGUCCAGCCAAUUGGAGUCGAGGUCACAGGUAACCAGCCUGGGUGACCUCGUCUCCUUGUGGCCGACGGCUGGUGUUGGUGGCGGUUGGUGGUCUGGUGUUGGCGGCGGUUGGUUGUGCGAUGGUGAUGGCGGUCGGUGGUCGAGCGAUGGUGGCGGUGGUGGUUGGUCGGUUGGUGGUGGCAAUCGGUGGUCGAGCUAUGGUGGCGGUGGUGGUUGGUCGGUUGGUGGUGGCAAUCGGUGGUCGAGCUAUGGUGGCGGUGGUGGUUGGUGGUCGAGUGAUGGUGGUGGUAUUUGGCUGGGUGGUGGUGGUGGCGGUGGUUUGCUGGGCGGUGGUAGUGGUUCAACGUCUGACGGACGGCUGGGCGGUGGUGGCGGAGAUGGUGGAGGUGGACGGUUUUGUUGUCCCUGGUUGACGGAGUGUGGGAGGCGGAGUUGA